AAUUAGGUUAAUCUAAACUAGAAAACACUCGGACAAGAUGAGCGACAAUCUGAUGGACAAAGUCAAUGCCCUUGGUGAGCGGCUCAAGAUAAGUGGAGCUGAAGUCAGCCAGAAGAUGUCAGUUGGCGUCAGCAGCAUGGGUUUCAAGAUGAAGGAGUUCUUCCAGGGCCAGAACAUGGCAGACAAAAUUGUUGACGAAGCCACGCUGGAAACCAUGGAAGCGCCAGACUGGGCUACCAACCUUGAGAUAUGCGACAUGGUGAACACAGAGAGGGUCAACAGUGUUGAAGUGAUCCGUGCCGUCAAGAGAAGGAUUAUGUUGAAGAAUCCACGGGUGCAGUAUCUAUCUCUCGUCCUACUCGAGACCAUUGUGAAAAACUGCGACAAGGCUUUCUCUGAGAUUGCUGCUGAGCGGGUGCUUGAUGAAAUGAUAAAACUGAUUGAUGGUCCCCAGACUAUAGUGAACAACAGAAACAAGGCUCUUAUGCUCAUUGAAGCAUGGGGAGAAUCUGGAGAUGAUCUCCGCUACCUUCCAGUGUAUGAAGAAACAUACAAGAGCUUAAUAUCUAGGGGAAUUCGCUUCCCUGGGCGUGACGAUGAGAGCCUAGCAUCAAUAUUUACUCCACCCCGUUCAGUGCCUGAAGCGGAACCAUAUUCUGAGGCAGCACAAGAAGGGUAUCAAGAAAUUCCAGUCGAGAGUUUUGUUCCAACUCGCACUGUUCCUGCUGUGCAAGUAAAUGAAGCUUUUGAGGUGGCUCGUAAUAGUGUUGAGCUUCUUUCCACAGUGCUAUCUUCUUCUCCUCAAAAAGAGGUUUUACAGGACGACUUGACAACCACUCUUGUUCAACAAUGCCAACAGUGUCAGUACACUAUCCAGAGAAUUGUUGAAACGGCUGGUGAUAAUGAGGCUCAGCUCUUCGAGGCAUUGAGCAUCCAUGAGGAACUGCAGAAGGUCCUGGCCAAGUACGAAGAACUCAAGGAACCUGUUCAUUUUGAGCCGGAGCCAGAGCCCGCGAUGAUUCCAGUUACCGUGGAGCCUGAGGAAUCCCCUCGCGCUGUGAGUAAAGAAGAUAGCCAUGUAAAGAAACCAGGAAGUCCUGGUGAUCGGCCAGGUGGGGAUGACUUACUCCAGGAUCUCGAUGACAUGAUAUUUGAUUUCUCAGUUCUGACAUGCGCGUCAUUGUCAGUGCUUCUACAUAUGGGUGGGUUACUGGAUCAUGAGUUGCUUGCUUGCUGUACAUGAAUGGCUGUAGCGUUUGCAUAAUGUAAUAGACUGGUUAGAUACUGGCUUAUGAGUUCCUGUUAGACAUGUAUAUGUGUUUGUGUGUGAGAGGGCCCAGGCAUGUGCUGUGCGCCUGGGCCUGGGUGGGCUGUGCCGCCAGGCCGGCCAAACCCUAGAUUGAUUAGGUCAGGCUAGGGGUGUUCCCUGCCUAUAUAUGUAACCUCUGUUUACUCCUAAUCAAUCAAUCAAUCAAUCUUUCCACGCAA